AAUGGUUUAUGAGGUUCAUGUUACAGCUACCCCUGGGUUGGUGACUUCCUACAUGUACCUGGGGAAACACUGGCUUUGGGAAGCAUCGUGAUGAGAGCAGAAGGUGGUGGUCAGCUUGGGCUUCCUGAUGGCACAGUGGAGUGCCUUCUGGGAGGGCAGUUUUAAAGAACUGAAAUUCUUCCACAGAGCCGAGAUAGCAUCCAGUCUCUAUCCCUUCCUUGGCCAGUUCUCUUUCAAAUCAAUCCUCUCACCAAGAGUUCAACAGCUCAGGCUCUGCACUCUGGGAGGCUGGGCAGAAUUACUGCCUACCAGUCUGGGGUUUCUAUGGGUUUUCAGGAAGGGGGCAGUGAGCAAGUUCAGCCCGAGGGCGGCUGUCUUCCCGCCCUCAACAUCUGCCCACACCCACAGCAUUCAGCAUCCUCGGUCCCAGGCUUGGGGUGGGGGUGGGGUAGCGGGUUGUCCCAGAGAAAGCAGUCUGUUUUCCUCCAUUCUCCUUUGGCUCUGGCGUCCAGUUCCUUUCUGAUUCAGGAAUCCCAGGCCCAAAUCAAGUAGCCCCAAGAGCUCAGUGACUAUUCCUUUAGCCCCUCGCCAGUGUAGCCCCAAAGACCCUGCAUCUUCAUGCUGCUGUCACUCUGAGGCUCACAGGGCAUCAGCUGGACGGUGUAUCUGUGCCACCCUGGUUGGAGGGGCGCUAGUGAGGAAGAUACUCACCUGUAGGGAUCUGGGGUCUUUCGUGACACCCAGACUCGGGAAGGCAUGGCUUGGAGUCCUGUGGAAGACGCAUGCUUGACAGCUAGAGCAGGAGGUGGCAGUGGGACGCUGGAUGAUGGGUGCAGUGGCGGCCCCUGACUUGCUGGAUCCCAAGUCUGCUGCUCAGAACUCCAAACCGAGGCUCUCCUUCUCCGCCAAACCCACCGUGCUUGCUUCCCGCGUGGAGAGUGACACGGCCAUUAAUGUUAUGAAAUGGAAGACGGUCUCCACGAUUUUCCUGGUGGUUGUCCUCUACCUGAUCAUUGGAGCCACUGUGUUCAAGGCGCUGGAGCAGCCUCAGGAGAUUUCCCAGAGGACCACCAUCGUGAUCCAGAAACAGACCUUCAUAACCGAGCAUGCCUGCGUCAACUCCACCGAACUGGACGAGCUCAUCCAGCAAAUAGUGGCAGCAAUAAAUGCAGGGAUUAUCCCCUUAGGAAACAGCUCCAAUCAAGUUAGUCACUGGGACCUCGGAAGCUCUUUCUUCUUUGCUGGUACAGUUAUCACAACCAUAGGAUUUGGAAACAUCUCCCCACGAACUGAAGGUGGAAAAAUAUUCUGUAUCAUUUAUGCCUUGCUGGGAAUUCCCCUCUUCGGCUUUCUGUUGGCUGGGGUUGGCGAUCAGCUUGGGACCAUAUUUGGAAAAGGAAUUGCCAAAGUGGAAGACACAUUUAUUAAAUGGAAUGUUAGCCAGACCAAGAUCCGCAUCAUUUCCACCAUCAUCUUCAUCCUGUUCGGCUGUGUCCUCUUCGUGGCUCUCCCUGCGGUCAUAUUCAAGCACAUAGAAGGCUGGAGCGCUCUGGACGCUAUCUAUUUUGUAGUUAUCACCCUGACGACCAUUGGAUUCGGUGACUACGUAGCAGGUGGCUCGGACAUCGAGUAUCUGGACUUCUACAAGCCUGUGGUGUGGUUCUGGAUCCUCGUUGGGCUUGCUUACUUCGCCGCCGUCCUGAGCAUGAUCGGAGACUGGCUGCGGGUGAUAUCGAAGAAGACAAAGGAAGAGGUGGGAGAGUUCAGAGCUCAUGCCGCCGAGUGGACAGCCAACGUCACAGCCGAGUUCAAGGAGACAAGGAGGCGGCUGAGUGUGGAGAUCUAUGACAAGUUCCAGCGGGCCACGUCCGUGAAACGGAAGCUCUCCGCAGAGCUGGCGGGGAACCACAGCCAGGAACUGACUCCUUGUAGGAGGACCCUGUCCGUGAACCACCUGACCAGCGAGAGGGAAGUCUUGCCUCCCUUGCUGAAGGCUGAGAGCAUCUAUCUGAACGGCCUGACCCCUCAGUGUGCCGGCGAAGAGAUAGCUGUCAUUGAGAACAUGAAGUAGCUGCCUUUGGGAAGAGUCUGAGGUGUAGCCACAGGGCAGGGCUUCUCUAGGCUCUUGGGACUGUUGCUGGCAGCAUUUAAAUGGUGUGUAUGAUGAGCUCAAAGGGAAAGCAAAUAGAUACAUCCAUCUGGUCACCUUACAUCCAGGGAGUCGGAGUCCUGCGGCGGCAGCCCUCUGGGGACUCGUGAGCUGUCCACUGAGUGGUAGUGGUGGAUAGGCAGUGUUGAUGCCUUUUCGUGCCCAGACUGUUGCCCUCCCCCUCUUUCCUACCGUGCCAUAAGGCCUCUGAAGGAAUCGGAAUGCUUUGGUAGUCAUGUAGCUUGGAGGAAUAUACCCUCGACUUUUCGGGGGUCGCCUAACUGAGCCUGGAUGCAGACCACUUAGGGAUGACAACAUUUCUUUUUGUAAAUGGCAAGAAACUCUCACGCAGCCUUUUACCUAAGAAAUUUCCUGGCAGUGCCUUAAUUUACGAAGAAACAGGACCCUCUCUUGUGGGCUUGUGGUUUCCCUUCCCUGCCCCCACCCUAGGCUGACCUCCGCUGACUCUUGUUUCCUCCUCCCCUUCACACACCGUACCUUGCUUGGAAGCAAUGUGUAGCUUGAUGGAAGGAACAGAUGCCAGCCAUGGGCACAGAAAGAACACUCAGGAGCUCUGGUGUCACAAGGCAACGCAGAGAAGGGAGGUCAGAGAAGGCCCUCUGAGUAUUUAUUUGACUGGGGUACCAAUGGUACAUCUAUAUAUAUGUACAGAGUAUUAAUUAUCCGGCCGGUAACAUCGGCUGCUUCUACAUAGCCCCCUUUUUUCCUGGCAGUAUUUGGAGUUUAUCAUUUAUUAAUAACUAGUCAUUUUUUAAAGGCAGAAGAAGUGAGCACAUACUUCUAUAAUCUAAGUGAUCUAAUAGAAGAAAAUGGUUCCAACUGAUAUCACAAAGUGAUUUCCAACAGUUGGUGUGAAUUCAUUCUGACGAAAAGAAAAUAGCGAAGCCAUGUAUGUGUAUUUGCUAAGAAAUGGCUCGCUGCCAGCGUGGACGAGCCCAAGGCACAGAAGGCUUAGACCCUUUCUUUUCUUGAGUGGCUCUUGCCAAAUUGUAGGGUGGGGUGAUGCCCAGAAGGAGGGAGUACAGCCCCGCCACCUUAGAGUCCCUCUGCCGAGGUGACUGGGUGUGAGCACAAAUGCUGGUCUGGGGGUCACUGUGACUUUUGCACAUGGAAUGAUGCAGACUGCCAACCUACGUCAUCUCUAACAGUAGAGAAAAUGCUGAGUAGCACAAUUUAAGUCCCCAGAGUUAUUUUUUUUUUUAAGAGAAGAGAAGGCUGAUAAUCCAUUUAAUUUAAGUUUAUAUCCUAUAAUUCUUUUGGAUGUUUCAAAAUUCAGAAAAACUUCAUUUUGGAAACCGCUCCCCUCUCCUUUAUUUUCAUACUCAUAUCUACUGUACACUGUAUAAGUAAUUUUUAAAGUGCAGAAGAGAAACGAUUCCUCUCCACGUAAUUGCAAAACUGAUUUCUUUUCCUUUCGGGGGAGGGGUGGGCAUGUGUGAACAAGUGGCAUUCAGAUUAAAGUCUUAAGAAAUCAACCCAGGAUCUUAAAAAAAAAAUCUAAAAGAUUCAUAUUUUCUAAAAUUUGAAUUUAAGCUAGAAAUGUAAAUAUCCAGUUAGCUUGCAGAGAGUACUUUUAUAAACCCGGGAAAGUUCUAACCAAAAUUCUAGCAGGUCAGACUCCUUUACAAAGAAAGCUCCCCUCCAUCUCCUCAGUAGCCAAUCCUGAAAGCUGACACGGUGGGAUGCUGCACGUGGAAACUGUGAACCGGACGGACGAAUAAAGUUUGUAAUUAAAGUCGGA